UGUACUGAAUCUAAAGAAGAGAAACUGAACCUUAAGUAUCGAUCUCAUCGUGCAAGUAUCGAUCGAUACCGAUACAAACGCCGGUAUCGAUACAUCGAUAUUUUAGAUCGAUCCGCCCACCACUACUCCAUACAGUUUCGGGGCAGACUUGACUUCACCAAACUUCAGCAUGCCUUUAGUCGACAUUCAGAGUAACCUACCGGCCAGCUCCUUCUCGGAGGAGUUCCUGAAGAAGCUGUGCUCCUGCACCGCUGCUGCUCUGGGGGAGCCGGAGGAGAGGAUGCACCUGGUGGUGCAGCCUGGGUUCCCGAUGAUGAUAGCCUGCUCCUGCUCUCCGUGUGUGAUUCUGUCAAUGUCUGCUUUCAGUGGGACCGACACCGCUGACAAGAACAAGGAGCACAGUGCCAAGAUCUUCGAGUUCCUGACCAGAGAGCUCAGUCUGACUGAAGACAGGAUUGCCCUUAAAUUCCACACGCUGCAGCCUCACCAGGUGGGCAAGAAGGGGACCGUCAUGAGCUUCUUGUAAAAGACGUUGCUGGGAUGGAGACAUUACACAAAGUGAUCCUGAAAGAAGGAAAGACAGAGUAAAUCAGUAUAAAACAAACACGUAAAGUAACAAGUAAAGAUAGUCAUAUGAAGGUCAGGUACUGUAUUCAUGUAAUACCCAGGCACACUGUCCAUGGUCCAUGCAUUAAAACGUGAUGCUGAUUGCUUCUAUUUUAAUAAUUAAAAGACUUGCUGCUUUUGUUACUA